CUGACUUUUGGCUCUUUUGUCCCUGUGCUCAGUGACCAUGAUCAGUUUUCCUCUGUCUAUCAGAUGUCCCCCAAAGACACAUCUCUAGGCCUUGGCAUGGUCUCACUGAUGCUUCAUUUCAGCUGGACAUGGGUGGGACUGGUCAUUGCAGAGAGUCAGAAAGGUCUUCAGUUUCUGUCAGACUUGAAGGAAGAGAUGGACAGGAACGGAAUCUGUGUAGCAUUUGAAAAAAUGAUCUCAAGCACUGCCAUGCUACAUUUCUUAAAUAGACCAACACAUGACUUAUGGACCCGAGAAACAUCACCAGCAAAUGUGGUUAUCAUGUACUUUGAUCCUAGUGAAAGUGAUGCUGGGUUUUAUACGGGGCAACAUCUGGUGACGUGGAGAGUCUGGGUCACAAACUCACAAUGGCAUGCUGCCACCUUUGGAACAAAUUUGAUAAUUGAUUCUUUUCAUGGAACAAUCAUUUUCUCAAACCAGCGUGAAGAGAUUUCUGGUUUUAAAACUUUUAUCCAGACAGCUUCCCCUUCAAAGUUCCCAGAAGAUAUUUACUUCACUGUGUUUUGGGCCAUGAUCUUUGACUGCACUUUAUCUAAUUUUGAUUGUACUUUGAAGAACUGCCCACCCAAUGCUUCUCUCACAUGUCUGCCUUUAAGUCUUUUUGACCCCACCAUGAGUGAGGAGAGUUACAAUAUGUACAACGCUGUGUAUGCUGUGGCCCAUGCCCUCCAGGAGACACUUCUUCAACACAUUCAAAUGCAACCCAGCAAGAAUGGAGAAUGGAAGGGAUUCUCCCCGUGGCAGUUGCACCGCUCUCUGAAGGAACUUCAAUUCACCAAUCCUGCUGGGGACCAAGUGAACAUGGAUGAGCAAAGGAAACCGGCUGCAGAGUAUGACAUUCUCAACUUUUGGAACGUUCCAGAGGGUCUUAGACUUAGAACCAAAGUAGGGAGGUUUUCCCCACAUGCUCCACAUGGUCAGCAGUUGUCUUUAAAUGAAGAUGUGAUGGAGUGGGGCACAGGAAUUACAGAGGAGGUAAAAGCCCAAGACGUCACCAACACAUACCUGAUUUUCCUCAGACUCCCCGCUCAGUCUGCAGUGAGAGCUGUAAUCCCGGAUUCAGGAAAUCCCCGCGGGAGGGAUUGGCUGUCUGCUGUUUCUCUUGCACCCCCUGCCCAGAGAAUGAGAUCUCCAACGAGACGGACUGUGCUGAAAACCAGCUGGCCCUUCUUCUCUGCCAAGGUGCAAAUGCAGACUUGGGCUCUUGCUGCUCAUAAAGCACACGUGCAGCAGUGCAUGGCCUGGAAGCCUGCAUUUUCAGACCACUGCCCUGCUGAGGCAGGAGGGUCACAUGUUGGAGACCAGCAUGGGUUUAAAGUCAAAAAUUACCAGUAUGUUCUGGCCUUGGUGUUUGCCAUAGAAGAGAUCAACAGCAAUCCCCACCUUUUGCCGAACAUAUCCCUGGGAUAUGAAUUCCAUAAUGUCGGGCACAGCCAGUGGAGGACAUUGGAGAGUUCCCUCUCUUUGCUCACAGGGCAGGAUGAGAUCCCUAACUACACCUGCGGGAGAGGGAGCAAGUCCACAGCAGUUCUUACAGGAACAGCGUGGGAAACUUCUGCCCAGGUUGGAACACUGUUGGAACUCUACAGAUUUCCACAGCUGACUUUUGGCUCUUUUGUCCCUAUGCUCAGUGACCAGGAUCAGUUUCCUUCUGUCUAUCAGAUGUCCCCCAAAGACACAUCUCUAGCUCUUGGCAUGGUGUCACUGAUGCUUCAUUUCAGCUGGACAUGGGUGGGACUGGUCAUUGCAGAGAGUCAGAAAGGUCUUCAGUUCCUCUCAGACUUGAAGGAAGAGAUGGACAGGAACGGAAUCUGUGUAGCAUUUGAAAAAAUGAUCUCGAGCACUGCCAUGCUACACUUCUCAGAUAGACCAACACAUGACUUAUGGACCCGAGAAACAUCACCAGCAAAUGUGGUUAUCAUGUACUUUGAUCCUAGUGAAAGUGAUGCUGGGUUUUAUACGGAGCAACAUCUGGUGACGUGGAGAGUCUGGGUCACAAACUCACAAUGGCAUGCUGCCACCUUUGGAACAAAUUUGAUAAUUGAUUCUUUUCAUGGAACAAUCAUUUUCUCAAACCAGCGUGAAGAGAUUUCUGGUUUUAAAACUUUUAUCCAGACAGCUUCCCCUUCAAAGUUCCCAGAAGAUAUUUACUUCACUGUGUUUUGGGCCAUGAUCUUUGACUGCACUUUAUCUAAUUUUGAUUGUACUUUGAAGAACUGCCCACCCAAUGCUUCUCUCACAUGUCUGCCUUUAAGUCUUUUUGACCCCACCAUGAGUGAGGAGAGUUACAAUAUGUACAACGCUGUGUAUGCUGUGGCCCAUGCCCUCCAGGAGACACUUCUUCAACACAUUCAAAUGCAACCCAGCAAGAAUGGAGAAUGGAAGGGAUUCUCCCCGUGGCAGUUGCACCGCUCUCUGAAGGAACUUCAAUUCACCAAUCCUGCUGGGGACCAAGUGAACAUGGAUGAGCAAAGGAAACCGGCUGCAGAGUUUAAAGUAAAAAAUUACCAGUAUGUCCUGGCCUUGGUGUUUGCCAUAGAAGAGAUCAACAGCAAUCACCACCUUUUGCCCAACAUAUCCCUGGGAUAUGAACUGCAUAAUGUUGGGCACAGCCAGUGGAGGACAUUGGAGAGUUCCCUCGCUUUGCUCACAGGGCAGGAUGAGAUCCCUAACUACACCUGCGGGAGAGGGAGCAAGUCCACAGCAGUUCUUACAGGAACAGCGUGGGAAACUUCUGCCCAGGUUGGAACACUGUUGGAACUCUACAGAUUUCCACAGCUGACUUUUGGCUCUUUUGUCCCUGUGCUCAGUGACCAUGAUCAGUUUUCCUCUGUCUAUCAGAUGUCCCCCAAAGACACAUCUCUAGGCCUUGGCAUGGUCUCACUGAUGCUUCAUUUCAGCUGGACAUGGGUGGGACUGGUCAUUGCAGAGAGUCAGAAAGGUCUUCAGUUUCUGUCAGACUUGAAGGAAGAGAUGGACAGGAACGGAAUCUGUGUAGCAUUUGAAAAAAUGAUCUCAAGCACUGCCAUGCUACAUUUCUUAAAUAGACCAACACAUGACUUAUGGACCCGAGAAACAUCACCAGCAAAUGUGGUUAUCAUGUACUUUGAUCCUAGUGAAAGUGAUGCUGGAUUUUAUACGGGGCAACAUCUGGUGACGUGGAGAGUCUGGGUCACAAACUCACAAUGGCAUGCUGCCACCUUUGGAAAAAAUUUGAUAAUUGAUUCUUUUCAUGGAACAAUCAUUUUCUCAAAUCAGCGUGAAGAGAUUUCUGGUUUUAAAACUUUUAUCCAGACCGCUUCCCCUUCAAAGUUCCCAGAAGAUAUUUACUUCACUAUGUUCUGGGCCAUCAAUUUUGACUGCACUUUAUCUAAUUUUGACUGUACUUUGAAGAACUGCCCACCCAAUGCUUCUCUCACAUGUCUGCCUUUAAGUCUUUUUGACCCCACCAUGAAUGAGGAGAGCUACAGUAUAUACAACGCUGUGUAUGCUGUGGCCCACGCCCUCCACGAGACACUUCUUCAACACGUUCAAAUGCAACCCAGCAAGAAUGGAGAACAGAAGGGAUUCUCCCCGUGGCAGUUGCACCGCUCUCUGAAGGAACUUCAAUUCACCAAUCCUGCUGGGGACCAAGUGAACAUGGAUGAGCAAAGGAAACCGGCUGCAGAGUAUGACAUUCUCAACUUUUGGAACGUUCCAGAGGGUCUUAGACUUAGAACCAAAGUAGGGAGGUUUUCCCCACAUGCUCCACAUGGUCAGCAGUUGUCUUUAAAUGAAGAUGUGAUGGAGUGGGGCACAGGAAUUACAGAGGUAAUUUGGACUCCCCGCUCAGUCUGCAGUGAGAGCUGUAAUCCCGGAUUCAGGAAAUCCCCGCGGGAGGGAUUGGCUGUCUGCUGUUUCUCUUGCACCCCCUGCCCAGAGAAUGAGAUCUCCAACGAGACGGAUAAGGAGCAGUGUUUGAGGUGUCCAGAUCACCAAUAUGCCAACGCCCACAGAAAUUGUUGCCUCCCAAAAGCUGUCACUUUUCUGGCUUAUGAAGAUCCCUUGGGGAAGGCUCUGGCUGGCACUGCCCUGAGUCUCACUGUCCUCACAGCUGCUGUUCUUGGGCUCUUUGUGAAGCACCGACACACUCCCAUCGUCAAGGCCAAUAACCGUGCUCUAAGCUACAUCCUGCUCGUCUCCCUCACCUGCUGCUUCCUCUGCGCCUUGCUCUUCAUUGGCCGGCCCAGAACCACCACCUGCAUCCUGCAGCAGACCUCAUUUGCAGUCGUGUUCACUGUGGCUGUUUCCUCCGUCUUGGCCAAAACCAUUACUGUGGUGCUGGCCUUUAAGGUGACUGCUCCAGGCAGAAGGAUGAGGCAGCUGCUCGUAUCGGGGGCUCCCAACUCCAUCAUCCCCAUCUGCUCCCUGAUCCAACUCACUCUCUGUGGAGUCUGGAUGGGGACAAAUCCACCCUACAUUGACACAGACGCUCACUCUGAACAUGGCCACAUCCUCAUCGUGUGCAACAAGGGCUCCCUCACUGCCUUCUACUGUGUCCUGGGAUACCUGGGCUCCCUGACCCUGGCGAGCUUCACCGUGGCUUUCCUGGCCAGGAACCUGCCUGACACAUUCAAUGAAGCCAAGUUCCUGACGUUCAGCAUGCUGGUGUUCUGCAGUGUGUGGGUCACCUUCCUCCCCGUGUACCACAGCACCAAGGGGAAGGUCAUGGUGGCCAUGGAGGUCUUCUCCAUCUUGGCCUCUGGUGCAGGGCUGCUGGGCUGCAUCUUUGCCCCCAAGUGCUACAUUAUUUUGAUAAGAUCAGAUAAGAAUUCUCUGCCUGGGUUCAGAGAUAAAACGCAUUCUGAUAGAAAGAAACCUUUCUAA